UCAGCGCGGCCAGUGCCGGUACGUCAGUAGUACAUGGUUGAGGUUGCGCGCGAGUCGUUUCACCGUACAUCUCGGAAAGUAUUCUUUCGUUGAUUCGAGGGGUCGUUUUGAGAUCUUUCUUGCAAUUUUAACUGCGUUCAGAAAAUACGGUUGACGUUCUCCGAGCAAGGAGAAGUAUCGUGUUUCUUGCAGAGGCACGUAAACUGGUGGUCAAAAUGGCGGAAAAGAAUGACUCGCCGGGUUCCACAUCUACUUCCAUCGACCAACAGGGUCACCAACUUAUAUUGAGUUUUAUCGCGGAAAUUAUAAAGAGCCCGAUAAAUCUUGUUCUUGUGAGCGUGAUCACCGUGCUGGUUUAUAAAAUUGUUAAAAGCAAGACAAAGACUGAGAUACCCGUGCAAGAGAAAAAACCAUUGUCCAAGUUAAGACGCGAUUUUACAGUGAAAGAAUUAAAACAAUACAAAGGCACCGGACCAGAUGGACGAAUAUUGAUUGCUGUCAACGGGAAUAUUUACGAUGUCACCAGGAGGGCCCAGUUCUAUGGUCCCGGUGGUCCAUAUGAAGCAUUUGCUGGACAUGAUGCCAGUAGAGGACUGGCUACAUUUUCACUAGUGACAAAAGAGGAAUAUGAUGAUCUUAGUGAUUUAAACAUCACUGAGAUGAAUUCUAUCAAGGAAUGGGAUGAGCAAAUGAAAGAAACUUAUGAUUACGUUGGGAAACUUUUGAAACCUGGAGAAGCACAUACAAAUUACUCUGAUGAAGAAGACGAAGGUAGUCAACAAGAGGCUGAAUCAAAAUCAGAGCAACAAGAAAGCGAAACAAAGUCUGAUAAUCAGGGUAGUGAAACAAAGUCCAAGAAUGAUUGACUACUUGAUGGUAUAUCAAUUGCAAAUCAAUUUCAAAAAGAUGUUGCGCACACACUGUUGCUGAAGAAACUAUUAAAAUUGUGGCUCAUGAAUAUAUUUUAGAACAUUAAACCGAAUAUUUUAUUACAUAGUAAUCAUAUUGAAAUAAAAGGUAAAGUGGUAUCUUUCAAUCGAA